AUGUCUGACCGUGUCGCCCAAAUCUCAAAACAUCUCAACUACCCCCGCGGCCUGCUCGCGAACCAAGUCGCCAUCAUCACCGGCAGCGGACAGGGCAUCGGCGCCGAAACAGCCAGACUAUUCGCCAAUGAAGGUGCCAAAGUAGUUGUCACAGACAUUGACGCCACCAAAAGUGACGCCGUAGCCAACUCCAUCACCAAAUCAGGCGGCCAAGCCAUCUCCGUCCCCGGAGACGUCAUGUCCAGCGACUACAUCCAAACCCUCAUCAGCAAAGCCGCCUCCUUCGGCAACGGCAAGAUCCACAUCAUCGUCAACAACGCCGGCUACACAUGGGACGGGGUCAUCCACAAAAUGACCGACAAGCAGUGGGACACCAUCAUCGCGCUGCACUGCACCGCGCCGUUCAACCUCGUCCGCGCCGCGGCACCUUACUUCCGCGUCAAGGACGGCGAGCCGCGGUGCAUCAUCAACGUCUCCUCCACGAGCGGCGUGCACGGCAACGCAGGGCAGAUCAACUAUGCGCUCGCAAAGGCCGGCAUCACGGGUUUCACCAAGACGAUUGCCAAGGAGUGGGGGCCGCAGUUUGGCGUGCGCUCUAACGCGGUUGCCUUUGGACACAUUGCUACGAGGUUGACGGCCGCGAAGGAGGAGGGUGCGUUUGUGACUGGCCCGGAUGGGCAGAAGAUUGCGCUGGGGAUUCCGCAGAAGCAGAAGGAUGCGAAGGCUGGUGCGGAUGCUGCUGCGUAUGCGGAUAUUCCGCUUCGGAGACCGGGGACGGCUACGGAGGCGGCUGGUAGUAUUUUGGCGGUGGCUAGUCCUUUGUUUUCCUAUGUUUCUGGGCAGACUAUCAUGGUUACGGGUGGGAGGAACAUGUAA